CCUCAAGGCCAAGUCUACAAUACUAGAGAAAUCGAAAUAGGGAACCAUAAUAGUUAGCUCUCUUUUUUUUGUUUUUACAUGAUUUUCGUAUUUAUGAGCUUCGUCUCUCAGAAGGGUCGACGGCAGAAAAUAGCUUACUCGCCGGAAACCGACCGCCUUUUAUGGCCAAAGGCCGGAGACUGACGAUAAGCCUGAGCGAGAGAUACUUGGGGAGCUACAGCUCUGGCGAUGGCCAUGGAGUCAAUGGCGCUGACGUGUCCGAGCUCGGAGAGGAGGACAUUUGGUCGGCGGUGGACGAUGUGGUGCCCACGGGCGGCCGAAACGCCGACGACCCGCGGGGCGCGUGGACCCCACGAGCCGCCAACGGGAGCAUGGGCAUCGGCGGAAGCGGCGGCGGCCGUGGGAUCCCGGGCGACGGCGGCCGCGCGGGGGGGCUGUCCCUGGCUCUCAUGGAUUCGGGCGUGACGGCGUCCCCGAGGAUCGUGCACCAGUUCCGCGGGAACGAGGCCGGCGUGCCGUCGCCGCGCGGGCGGCAGCUGGCGUCCUCGGCGCCCGUGAACGUGCCCGACUGGAGCAAGAUAUACCGGGCCGACUCGGUCGAGUCGCUGCACGACUCGGACGACACGUUCGACGACGGGGACGCGGAGAUGAUGCCGCCGCACGAGUACCUGGCGCGGGAGCACGCGCGGAACCGGAAGGGGGCGGCGGCCACGUCGGUGUUCGAGGGGGUGGGCCGGACCCUCAAGGGCCGCGACCUGAGGAGGAUCCGCGACGCGGUCUGGAGCCGAACCGGGUUCGAUGGGUAACCGAGUCGGACUGAGUGAUUCUUUUCUUGAUAGAGCUAAAUUUUUUGGGGGGGCAAUGAUCGGCGGAGUGGGACUCGGACUGAACCGAGUCGGACUCGGAACGAGUGAGCUCAUGCAUAAUUGAAGUUCCCGUGGACUUGUCCCAGUUCUAUAUUUUCCUUUUUUU